UAUCCUAUGACUAAUGGAAUCUCUCUGCAGCAUUAGGUGAGAUGCCUGAAGCCAAGGUUACCACUAUGGUGCAAAGGCCUCCUAUAGAAGGUGGAGUUUCAGAAGUUGAAAUAAUUUCACAACAAGUAGAAGAAGAGACCAAAAGCAUAGCUCCUGUACCGCUUGUUAAUUUUGCUUAUCGGGAUUUACCGCUUGCUGCACUAGAUCUGUCUGUAGCAGGUUCCCAGCUUUUAUCAAAUUUGGAUGAGGAGUACCAAAGAGAAGGAUCUAACUGGCUUAAACCGUGCUGCGGGAGGCGAGCAGCUGUGUGGCAGGUAUUUCUGCUCAGUGCAAGCCUCAACAGUUUCCUGGUAGCCUGUGUAGUCUUGGUGGUGAUUCUUCUGACUCUGGAACUUCUAAUAGAUAUAAAGCUUCUCCAGUUUUCAAGUGCAUCACAGUUUGCUGGAGUUAUUCACUGGAUCAGUCUAGUUAUCCUCUCUGUGUUCUUUUCAGAGACUAUUUUGAGAAUCGUAGUUCUUGGCAUAUGGGACUACAUUGAAAACAAAAUAGAGGUAUUUGACGGUGCUGUGAUAAUCUUAUCCUUGGCUCCUAUGGUGGCAUCUACAGUGGCUAAUGGACCAAGCAGUCCGUGGGAUGCUAUCGGCCUUAUUAUCACAUUGAGAAUUUGGAGAGUCAAGAGAAUUAUUGACGCCUACGUACUGCCAGUUAAAGUGGAAAUGGAGGUGGUGAUUCAACAAUAUGAGAAGGCAAAGCUCAUUCAGGAUGAGCAGCUGGAAAGGCUAACCCAGAUCUGCCAAGAACAGGGGUUUGAAAUUAGGCAGCUGAGGGCUCACCUGGCUCAGCAAGACCUGGACCUCGCCGCGGAGAGAGAAGCGGCACUGCAAGUCCCUCACAUGCUGAACAAACAAACCAGUAACCGGUACAAAGUUGUGGCCGCCGGGGGCGAUUCUGACGAUGAGGCUACCGAGAACAUCACGGAAUUACGGCCCCCUCGAGAAAUCAUGGUCAAAGACGAUAUGAAUAACUAUAUCAGUCAGUACUACAAUGAGCCUAGUAGUGACAGCGGUGUUCCCGAAGGCGCCAUCUGCAUCAUUACGACCGCCGCCAUUGACGUGCACCAGCCCAACAUCUCAUCAGAUCUCUUCACAGUCGAAGUGCCGGUGAAGAUCGUGGGGAGCAACGGGAUGUCCACCAGCGUGGCGUCCGGCAGUGCCUCCAAGUCCACGGACAGCUCUGUCACCAGAGCCCGGAGUGACAGCAGCCAGACCUUUGGCUCCUCGACGGACUGCAGCACCACCCGAGAGGAGUCCUCUGACUAUUGCCCCUUGGAGAGGGCUUGCCAUGUAGCCAAGCGCGAUCAGGUAGAUUCCUCUUCCGCCCACAGCCGCGUCAACAACGCUGUGGUGCAGGAGCUGCUGUCGUCCUUGUCCGAAGAUUCCUGCUUGACGCAAAAAGGCCUGGAUCCGGUCAACCUUAAACUACCGAGCCCGGCCGGGUCUACCAAAGCCAGCCCUGAACUGGAGCAUCGAGUAAAUAUUUACAACAAAAAGAACCAAGAAAGCUUUGGUGUGUUUCAGAUAAAGCCGGUUAUCCACUUCCAGCAAAAUGCACCAGUGAUUGACAAGUAUACAUCUUUGGAAUCCAAAGAGCAAAAGUUGAACAGGGUGCCAGAGUCAUAGUCCUUUUGAGGCCAUGGGGGGUGGGGGUGUUAAAAGAAGAAGAAGGGGAGGCGCGUCACAAGAGGAUCCUUCUAGUGCUUUUAAUGAGGCCCUCGGAACCAUCCUGGGGCAGGGUACUUUGCGUGGAUUGGAAUAAGUUGCAACGUUCAUUUUUUUUUAAAAAAAAAUGCAUGAAUUGUGAGAGCCAGCACGAAAAACUUGACAUUUCUACCAUCUGAAGCCCUUGAGCUUCACUCCCAAUAAAGAGAUGGGGGGAGGGGAACCACUCUGUUAAAACAAUGACCUCAAAGAUGUAUAGAUUCUUAACGUGUUUUUUUUAGAAAAAGCAAACACAAAUCCCACAAUUUUUAUGGAACUCUGGACAAUCUUCUAUCAGGUCAGGUUUCAGCAGGGUACGGUCCAAGCAGAUGUAAACUUCUCUCCUCCAACAAUUUCUUACAAUUUCCCUUUGUACAUGACAGCUAUAAAUCCCUUUGUAUAAAUAUGGCAAUUAUUUUUGUUCUUCCUGGGGAGAAGAAGAAAAAAACAUUUUUCAAGGAGCACUUUGAAUGAUGCAAAUCAAAGAAAUUUAAAAAGUGUGAUCUCUUUUUAUUUUUAGCAUGAACUUUGGGGGGGAAAUAUUUUGACAAUAUAAAUGUUGUCACCUCCAAGACAACAGAAUG